CAGCAGCAAAGUGGUGGACAGAAAGUACAGUGAACUAUUGACUUACUGUAUGUACACAACUUUAUCAGUAAACUAAAGGGCCGUGGUUGCCUAAUCUCCAAACAGCUGACGGGCAGAAGCAGAAGCUUCGUGCGCAGAUGAAUGGCAACGGCUUCCAGACGAGAUGUGCGCGCACACACACACCGUAGACUGUUUGACCAACAUUGACAGUUUGUGGAUGACUUUGCGCUGACUAGUCUUUUUUAGAAGUUCUCAUUUUUUUUGUUCUGGAUGGAAUGAAGGUUGUGUAGGAGAAAGAACGAGGGAGAAAUAAUGAACGUUUGGUAAGAGAGAAGGGUCGCCAAAAGGAUACAUUGCAUGAAGUGGACUCUGAUAUAAGGACGUGUAUGGAAUAGAACAAUUGCAAGAAAGGAAGACCAUUUCGGAAUAUUUUUGUGCAUGCACAUUUUGAAUAAAAAAGAGAGAAGUUCCUCUUAUUUUCUGUCUUCGUCAAUUCAUGAAUAUUGUUUUCUGUUGCUACUAAGAUUUUGAUAACUAUUCACCUUUGACGUACAGGCAACUUCAGGUAACGGGAAAAGAGAGCUGCUGAAAAGUGGACCCAUAUGAAAUAGAAAACUGAAAAAAGAGGACACUGACUUUUGUAAUAUUAGAAUAUUAAAUUCUAUGUGAACAACUAAGUUGUAGCCUAUAUUUUUUUAUAUAUCAAGCCAUAACCCAACCAUGCAGCAGGAACGCUUGCUGAAGGUUCUAGUCAUCGGUGACCUGGGGGUCGGGAAAACGUCUAUAAUAAAGCGUUAUGUCCAUCAGAUAUUCUCCCAACAUUACAGAGCCACCAUCGGAGUCGACUUCGCCCUCAAACUCCUCAAUUGGGAUCACAAGACGGUCGUGCGACUGCAGCUGUGGGACAUCGCAGGCCAGGAGCGCUAUGGCAACAUGACGCGGGUUUACUACCGCGAGGCUGUAGGAGCGUUGGUGAUCUUUGACAUGACGCGGGCCUCUACCUUCCAGGCUGUCCUCAAGUGGAAGGGAGACCUCGACUCCAAGGUUGCUCUGCGUAACGGGAGGCCAGUUCCGGCCGUCUUAUUGGGUAAUAAAUGUGACCAGCUGAGUAUGGGUCUCUGUUCCAAACUGCCCAAACUGGAGAACUUCACUAGAGACCACGGCUUUGUAGGGUGGUACGAGACCUCCGCCAAGGACAACACCAACAUCGACGCGGCCAUCAUGUGUUUGGUAGCGAGCAUCAUGGCUGUAGAAGAGGAGAGGCCGCCAGCUGGAGAUCCUGGAGACCCUAGCGUCCUGGUCUUACCACGCUUUGACUACAAUAGGACAGGGAUGGCUGGACUGCCUGGGUGCGAUGGGUGUAAAAAGCGACCUCUGCCUGGCCGAAUGGAGAUGGGGGAUAUUUGAGGGAUGAGAGACGGGGAGAGAUGGGAGGGGGUGGGUGUAGGAGAGAGGAUAGCGAGCUUUCUAGUUGUGAUGGGUGUAAUAAGUUAACUCUGCCGGCCCAGAGGGACAUGGGCGAUAUCUGAAGGGGGGAUGGAGGGAGAGAGAAGGACAGCGGCUUUUGACUCCAACAAACUCUCUAUGCUAGGAUGGAAGGGGACUGAGGGGGAGAGAUGGUGAGGAGCAGGGGGAUAGAGAGACACAGAGAGAGAGAGCGGGGGAUGGGAAAUAUAGUGCGUGUAAAAGAGAGAGCGAUAGUAGCAUGAUGCAUUAGAUAUGGAUGGACUGCUACAAAGGGUCAUGUGAACUGAGCUAAGCCUGGAUGACAUGAGAGAUCUAAUCACAUAACGGUGGAGGACAGAAGCAUCCACAUCGGCAAGGAAACUGCUGUGAUGUUAUCAAGAGCGUUGCUGUUGCAACGCACUCAUCACACGAAGGCUGCUUUCGUAAAUUCACUCUGGCCACUACUCCGAUUUCAGAGCACUCUCGUCUGAGUGUGUCAGAGCGCAGAACAACUGAUGAAUUUGCGAACUGUGUUUAUUGACCGGUGUCAAUAAACGUCUGCAAAAAAACGUCAUUCAAUUGUUGCCAGGAGCACAGUUACAGUCACCAACGCUCUACAUAACAUGAAAACAGCCUAACCAGCUCUGCUAGCGCGAGUAAAAUGGCCAGUGAGGUGUUCUCUCAUAUGAGUCUGGAAGUAGCUAGCCAACUUUAGCCAGUUAGCUUGGGUGCUUGAUUGCUGUUAUAACCAUCAACAUUAAAUUUCUGCCUCUACACAGCUUUGUAAAGUGUAACUAAUGUUCAACAAGCUAUGGCCAGGUCACACCCAUUUUACCAACAGCUUGAGAAUGAUGCUAAAGCUUACUGAAUGCUUCCCAGUCGAAACAGUUUGGACCUGUCUCCUCCCCUUCAUCUAGACUGAUUGAAAUGGAUUUACAAGUGACAUCAAUAAGGGAUCAUAGCUUUCACUUGGAUUCACCUGGUCAGUCUACGUCAUGGAAAGAGCAGGUGUUUUUAAUGUUUUGUAUACUCAGUGUAUAUAUUAUGACAACAUUUUGUGGCGUUUUUGUUAGUUUUGGUGUUCGGCAGUGUUCAGAAGUUUUUUUUCCGGCGUCUACGCCCCCUUUGUCUGUGAUUGGUCAACAGUAGGGAUUCCUCAAUGAAGUGUUUGUUGUCAAUCAACGACAAACAACUAGUUUUCAUGCAAAUCUUUCCACUUGAGAAAAACUGCACCAAAUAUCUUAGUUAGUUGUCAAAUUGGGUGACUAAGACCUCAGCAAAAAUGUAAACAUUUGACAGAUUUCUUGAUUUAUCUUAAAUAGAUUUUUACUAUUUUGAGGAAGUGUUACUGUAUGUUGUUGUUACGGUGUCUCAAGAGGGUCAAACAGUAAUAUUUUGAAGGAAAUAUCAUUUUAAGGGAGUAUGUUAGGCACUCGCCUAGCUGAGUUCUGCUAGGAGCAAACCAACCUAGCAUGCGGACGCCUUUCGUCUGUGAUAAUGAAAUCGGGAGGCUGAAAGGUGUAAGUUAGUCUGUGUCUCUAAUUGCACCCUAUUCAGCAGUAGUGGUCGGGAUUUUCUUUAAUACAGUUGCAUAUCACAAUAUUAUUUUGGCCGAUAUUAUAUCGCUACUUUUUUUUUUUUUUUUUUUUUUUUUACGAGGUAGCGUUAGCUAACGUUAGUCAGCUGCACCAAAAUUACGGUAUUUUUAUCCUAUAGAUUUUUCUCCAUCUUCUUUUUAAAUAGUGAGACAUGUUUUCAGCACUUUUACUUCCAUGACUGAUCAAAACAAAUGUUAGUAUGCUCUCUCUUGCAUCUCUGCAGCAGACAUAUGUUUAAAACAUCAAAUUGCAAUGAAAUCGCAGUAUAGAAUCGCAAUACAUAUAGAAUAGUGAGAAUCGCAAUACAUAUCUUAUCGGCAUCUAAGUAUCAUGAUAAUAUCAUAUUGUGAGGUCCCUGGCAAUUCCCAGCCCUAUUCAGUAGUGCAGUAUGUAGGGAAUGGGGUGCCAUUUGAGACAACCUUAGUUAGCACGUGCCUUCAGAAAGUAUUCACACCCCUUGACUUUUUCCUUAUUUUGUUGUAUUACAGCCUGAAUUCAAAUGUAUGACAUUUAGAUUUUGUGUCACUGGAUAACACCCCAUAAUGUCAAAGUGGAAUAAAAAAAAAAUAUUUUUAUUUUUACAAUUAAUAAAAAUGAAAAGCUGAAAUGUC